UAAAUACUGCCUUAGUAUCUCCCAAAACCCUCACUCCUAUCUCUCCCAAAACCCCUUUCUUCGUUUCGCUAUAGAAAUGGCUCAAACCCUAGCUCGUUCUUUCACGCGCCACCUCACUUUCUCCCUCCUCCUCCCUAAGCGCCUCCUCUCCACCAUCACCACCACCACCACCACCACCACCACCACCUCAAUAAUCUGUCCUCCUUUACCUCCUUCUCUUCUUUUUACUCGGCGUUCAUUACUUCCACUUUCACAUGCCGUUCACUCAAUCAAACCGACUCGUUUUACUUCAAUUCGGUGCCGGGUCAAUCGAGCCGGUAACUCCGCCUACUCACCCUUAAACUCUGGGUCCAACUUCAGUGACCGUCCACCUAACGAAAUGGCUCCCCUUUUUCCGGGUUGUGAUUAUGAGCAUUGGCUUAUUGUUAUGGAUAAACCUGGUGGUGAAGGAGCAACUAAACAGCAAAUGAUUGAUUGUUAUAUUCAAACCUUAGCUAAAGUUGUUGGCAGUGAGGAAGAAGCUAAAAAGAAGAUUUAUAAUGUUUCUUGUGAGCGGUAUUUUGGAUUUGGCUGUGAAAUUGAUGAGGAGACAUCUAAUAAGCUAGAAGGUUUGCCUGGCGUUCUGUUUGUUCUUCCAGAUUCUUAUGUUGAUCCUGAAAACAAGGACUAUGGCGCUGAAUUGUUUGUGAAUGGAGAGAUAGUUCAGAGAUCACCUGAAAGACAGAGAAGAGUGGAACCACAGCCACAGAGAGCUAACGACAGACCCAGAUACAAUGACAGAACCAGAUACGUGCGUCGCAGAGAAAAUAUGCGUUGAAAGACAAACAUUGGUUGCAGAGAAAAUAUGUGUUGAAAUACUGUGUGGGAAAACUAGCUGUAUAGAUUCUGGCACUGGAGCCAAUUUUCCUGCUUGGUUAUGAGUAGGGUUUAAAAUGCUCUAAUCUAGUCUUGAUGAACUAAUGGUAAUUGUAUGCGGGCAUCUUCUAGACACUUGAAAAAAGGGGCAAUGAAUGUAAGACAUGUUAUCGUGGUUUGUUGACCAGUGGAAUGCCUAUUACAUUAUUAUACAGUCGAUCUUGAGCUGAAUAACAAUGCUUUAAUUUCA